AAAGCAACAGAGUGCUAACAAAGGCGCAACCUUUUUCGAUAUACACAGACUCUUUAUACACACACAAAUUCUAGGGUUCAAUUCCUUUCUUCGAUUAAAAUUCACACGAAAAAAAGGAUUGUGUUCACUCUCCAACUUGUCCCUGCACGAUCUGUGUUUAUAGUCAACACGUAUUAUGAAUUGCGAAGUUUGCCAACUCAAAGAAUUGGAGGUGGAGCACUUCGAGAUUCGAGAAGUUAUGCGAUGCAUUCUCCACACAAUUUUGUUCCAUAGGGCUUUAGGCCUUGUGCGGCCCAAGGACAUUGAUUUGGAACUGUUUGAAAUUACAUAUGUGCAAUGUGGUGAUGUGGAAGUUGAAAAGAAGAUAGAGGAGAAGAUUGACCAGUUCAUUGAUAAAGUAGAGAAACAUCCUAACAAGAAAAACCAGAUAUGUUUGUCUUUCUAUGAAGUGAAAAGCAAACAGGCGACAUGGUUUAGCAAAGUUGAGCGUCUACACUGGGAACAAUGGUACAUUAAUUUGAAUGUGGUGCAACACCUAAAAGCUCAUUCUGGCAAGUCUCAUCAUUCCAAAGUGGUAGUAGACCCAGGAGAGAGUAGUGCAUUGGAGGAGAGAGGUGUACGCCGAGCAGCACUAGAAGCAUCUCUUCGUGAGGUUUUGUUCCAGAUAAUAAAAUUUGUGAAUGAGAAAAAGGAUCAUGUUCCCGGUGUACCCAAGGAGGGUGUUUCCUUUCCCUUCGAAAUCACUCUCUCAAGUUCAUCGGAUUCAGCAUUUGGGAUGGACAUGUUUAAGAGAAUGCUCCAAACCGGGCAUCAACCAUGCUUAGCUGAUAAUCAAAGCUUUCAAGCCUUCUGUGCUGUAAUGGUUUCUUUUGUGUCAUGAUGCCUCGUUAUGUUUAUAUGGUAGCUUGAUAACCCUGUCUGGAAGAUCGCUGCUGGGAUGAGCAGAAACUUGAUUAUCUAUAAUAAAACUUGUUUAUAUGUACAUAUGUAACUGCAUGCAUUGCUUAUAAUAUCAUAUAAUACCUCACAGACUGGUCCGGGAUUUGUGAUAUUAUGAAGAAGGGCCUACAUGCUAACAUUCAUUGCAGAAUUCCGGCUCACAGAAAAUGAAUCUGAGCAGUCUCUCCGACUAGAGUUGGCCUCCUAUGUGACGAAAUGUUUGAUGCAUGAGGUCGACAAUGAACUGUUGUGCUCAACUUGCUCCUCUUCUUUAUAACUAAUUGGACAUGGGACUAGCUCAACGGGGUAUAGAGUGUUGGUUAAGAAGUCUUAUUAUAUUAAUUUGUUUGCACCUUGAACAGCAAGAAAAUUUUCUGUUCUUUGCU